AUGAAUCGACAUUUUAUGUUAAAACGAAAAACUCAAUGCAAAAUAUGGCGUUUAGAAAAAGAAAAACUUUUUCCUGAAUCCAUACAACAAACAAACACUGGCGAUGGUGGAAAUGUUGAUAUUUGGGGCGGCAUUUCUGGCUUUGGUGCCACGGCUGCAAAAAUUUAUAUGGCCAAAAUAUGGAUGGAAAAUUGUACCCAGACAGACAAAAUUAAAAAAAAAAACGGUGAAAUACACGUAGAAAUUUUAACGACAAUAAAAUCGUCAAAACCGCACAUUUCUACGAUUUUAUUUCCGUUAGCUUCUCUACGAUACUGA